UCUAUUAAAUGGGCAAAUGCGUUAUGAGAGUAUCAGAGUAUGUGACAGCAGUCAAAAGAAAUUAAGACAACAAAAGGAUAGAGAUUAGAGACUAGAGACUAGAGACUAGAGAGAGGGGAAAAGCAAGGAAAGUUGAACCAUCACCUUCUAUUUGUUCUCACUUCUGCUGUUUCACAACAAAGGAAAUCUUCACUAUGAAGCCCUUUGCUGCUCUCUGGUACAUUUUUAGCCUUCUGAGGAUCUUAAUCCAGGGAGGCCUUGGUGAGAGGAAACGAAUUCUUGAGGGUAUAACUAACUCUGUAAGAGCCAGGAUAGAAGAUGCCGAAGUAGCAUUAUCUUGCAUUCCUAUUCAACAAAGCAAGAAGAGAAAGAGGGACGAUGACCUACUUUCCUGGGUCACCAAGGGUCGGGAACUUGUGCAGGAAGCAAAAAUCUUGUUGGGACAAGUUAUUGAAGCUUGUCCAGAGAAGAAAGAAAGAGUUGAAGGAGAAAGCAUCUUCUCCUCCCAAACAUGGGAAAAGCUGGUGGUUAUCAACAAAUUAAUUAAUACAUUGUCAGCACAUGAGAAGGAGGCUGAUGUGCUUUUCAGAUGCGCGUUUUCUGGCAAUCAAGCCCCAGAUCAUGGUAAUAUUAUACCAGUCACAAAUAUUUUUGGCCAACAAGCUUUAGAUGCUUUGGAUCAACUUCAGGUUCUCUUAAGAAGUGAUGAAAUUGGAAGGAUAUAUAUUCAUGGUAUAGAAGGAAUUGGUAAGACCUUUUUGAUGAAGCACCUGCACAACUGUGUGCUAAAAUGGGCUGAGCCUGAGAAGUUUGAGUUUGUCGUCUGGAUCACUAUUCCUCGUCAAUUCAGCAUCGAGCGUGUGCAAGAUGCUGUCGCUGCUGCACUGAAGUGUGAUCUCCACAGUGAUGAUGACUUGAAUGUAAGGGCAAAAACACUAUCAGAUAUGCUUGCACGGCUUGGCAGUUUUGUGCUUUUCCUAGAUAAUGUCCCAGAAGCCCGUGUUUCAGACCUUGAUCGGAUAGGAAUUUCAGUCCCUGCAGCAGGGAGUAAGAGCAAAGUAGUUAUAACUACUAGGUUGACCUAUGUUUCUGAAAUGUUGGAUAGUUUCGGAACUGUGAAACUUGAUCGUCUCUCAGAUGAAGAAGCGUGUGAGUUGCUUAUGAAUGAAGCUAGCCCCAGCGGGAGAAUGAGAUGUGACUCCAUGCUUAAUAGCAUUCCUGGCUUACUUGCAAACCUGUGUCAUGGUGUGCCACGCACGAUUGUAGACAUAGCUACUUGUAUGCGUGGCAUUGAUGAUCCUCGUGAAUGGAAAAAUGUAUUAUUUGAGCUUGGGAGAACUCCUAUUUCAGGCGAUAUCAAUAGAGCUUGAUAUAUAACACCACAAAUUGAAAAUGUAGCAGUACAAGUUUACAGUCUUUGACUUAUUGUUAUAAAAUGAGACCAGAUUUUGCGGGCAAAAUGUUGAGAUAGAGGACUAAAUUGAGGAUUAGUUGUAAGUUUUAAAUAAUUGAUGGUCUCAUAACACAAGGUAUUUAAUUACUUGCGAUGUUCAGUUGUAAAUAACCACAUGAAUGAAAGAAGAGCUUCCAGUAAUAUUUCUGGAGUACACGAGUUGUUCUUUGCAAGUAGGUUAGCAGGAAGUGGAGUGAAGUAGGAGCUUGUAGAAAUUAUUUCAUAAAUCUUUGUGUUCUAAAUCACAAAAGUUAAUUGGAAAAACUUUAAUUGCCCACUUUGGGAUGUCCAAACAUUAGUAGCUAAAUUAUUAAAAAAAAAAUGUGAUGAUAAUGUGACAGCCAAAGUUUAGUUAAUUAUGGGAUGAACUUAGUUCCUAAUCUGGUUAUUCUGGAGGCAGCUCCACUGCUCCAGUGGGUCUUCGUGCUGUUUUAUGGGAUGAUUGGAGUGGUGUAACGCUGACCCUGCAUGAUUGGUUGGCGGAGUUUGUUGGUUCUGUGUGUUUUCUUUUCUCUUUUUCUUAUGUCUUUUGUUUAAGUCUGCUUUGAGUCUGUUGUUCUUUUCUUUGUGUUGCUGCUUUAGGGUGUGUUUGAUUUAACUUAUUUUAUUUUAUAUUAUUUAAUCUUAUACUCCCUCCGUUUCUUAAAGAUCUUCCCUCUUUCCGUUUAAGAGUUUUCAAAAGAUCUUCCCACUUUUGCUUUAUUCCUUAUUUGGCAAAACAAAUUUCCCUAUUUACCUUCUUAUGUCACUAUCAUAUGGUCCACCAUUACAUUAUUAAUUCAAUUUUACUCCCUUUUUCUCUCCUAUUUUAACCCCUUUUUAUUUGUUUAUUUAUCUUAACCCCUUUCUCUCUCCUACUUUACUCACACCAUGCCCCCACACAACUUGAUUUUCCUUGGUAUCUGUAGGAACAGUAAGUGGGAAGAUCUUUAGGAAACGGAGGGAGUAUUAUCUUAUUUUUUCUGAAACGAGUGAAAAUAAGUUGAAUAAAAUAUCUUAUUUAUCUUAUAUGAUCUUAUCUUAUUUGAUCUGAUCUUAUCUUAUAAAAUCUUAAUUAAGUUAAAAUAAGUUGAAUAGAACAUACCUUAGUGUAUAUACUAGCAAAAUACGCAUACGAUGUGUGCCAUUUUUUUUUUAAAAAAAAACAUAAAUUGUAGCCUUUUUGGUAUAAACAGAGGUAAAAAAUGUAAACAUUAGAUAUUUUUUUUGCUAGAUUUCAUACUUAAAGCCUCUAUCUCUUAACUCUUUUUUUAUUCACUUUUUUCACUUAUUUUUUCUUGUAUGUUUUUAAAAUUAAACUUGAUGAACUAUAAAAGAAUGUUAAGUGAAUUUAUUUAAGAUUUCUUAUGUUGUAUUA